AUGGAUAGAAUAUUCUACAAUUCAACAUUACGUGAUCCUCUAACAAAUUAUCCCAUAUACAUCUUUGAUACUUCAUAUUUACCCUCGACUGAUGUAAUCAACUAUGACAAACUAAUACCGGUGUUGAUGCAGCAUUUACCUUUAAAACCGUAUGUUUUGGUGAUGUUUUCUGAUGGGUUAAACAAAAUCAGUUGGGUAUGGGGUUUAAAAUUUAUCAAAAGUUUUAUGAGUAAUGCCAUCAAUUUAAAUAAUUUAGUUAAAAUAUUUACUGUUCAUGAUUCUUGGUUUAUUAAAUCUGUUACUUCGGUCAUACACAAUUAUCAUACUACCAAGCAUAAUAUAGAAGUCAUCAAUUAUAUGUUGGAUGCUUUUGCGCUUGAACCAAAGGGACAAAGACAUACUACUGUUGUACAUUGUCGUACUUUAAGUGAGUUGAGUCAUUAUUUGAAUAUAACCUUGUUGAAAAUAUCUUUAAACAUAUACAAGUAUGAUUUACAAUUGGAAAAUGAGAUUAAAUUAUCAUUGAAAAUACCACCCGUUAUUAACCCCCAUGUUUUAUUAUCACCACAAACAAAUUCUACAUUUUAUCAUCACGUAUAUCAAUUACUCAAUAUUAUUAAUACCCAUGGUUGUAAAAAGGAAUUGAUUUUUUACACGCCUGGUAAAAGAGAUAAUAUUGACAUUUUAUACCAAUGUAUUUCUAGAAAUCAACUCAUUUGGAUAAAUGAUUGGGAUUUAUAUUGCAUAGCCACUGUUUUUAAAAAAAUAAUACUGGAUUUACCAUUUGCUUUAAUUCCAUACAAGUUGAUAUUAUUACCUAUACAAGAUGAUUUUGAAUAUACUCAGUCUAUAUUCAAUGCAAUUGUGUCAUCACAUCAACAACAUACAAAAACGAUCAAUUAUGAUCAAUUAUUAUUACAGUUAUUUCAAGUUUUUGCAAAAUUAGUAGCUAAUGAGCAUAUUACCAAACACACCACAACUACUAUUGCUAAAUGCAUGGCUCAUUGCUUAUCUCAUGAAGUUGUAUCAACUGACAAGAGCCAUGUACUUGUAAUUCAGCGAUUUAUUAAAAAUGUAUUACAGUAUUGGGAUCGAUUAAAGACAUCCUAUGAUUUCCCAUCAAUUGAAGACAUUGUAAAUGGGAAAUAUCAAGCUACUGAAACGGAAAUUGCAUAUGAAAUGAGUUAUGAAGUUACUUAUGAAGAAGAAGAAGAUGGUGAUGACGAAACUCGAGUUUUAUUUAAUACAAGCAACAUAUUGUAUUCAAACUCUGAGUUGGAAUUGAAAGAGAACACAAAGGUGAAUAGGGCUCAUGUCCUUGAAAAUUCUCCAGACUCUAUUGAUAUUAUUGGGGGAGUAAGAACAGGUCGAACUGCAAUUGAUGAGCUUAAAUCACCAUUAAAGGCCAAACAUAGGGGAGAUGUUGUUGAAAAGUCACCACCGAGACCACCAAGACCUACAACUAGAGCUAGUUCAGUAAUAAGUAGAGAUUUAUCACCAAGCAAAACGCGUCAACCAAAAGAUACCCCACCAAUUCCAACACCAAGAUUAACUAGACAACAGACACUCUUUACAGUUGUAUCACAAGAGCAAGAGCAACCUGGCACCACAGACUUGUCUAAUGCUAGAGCUACAUCAGCAGUUGAGGAAGCAUUUGGCUCUGAGGAAGCUUCAUUGUCAAAUGAUGAGAAUGUAGCCCCCUCGUCCAUUACUGUUUCCCAAAUACCAAUUCGGUCACCAAGAACAACUAAGUUGACAAACAAGUUAACAAACGUGUCAAAUCUUCAAUUACAAUACCCACCUCAAAAAUAUCAUUUCACUAAACCAAAAUCAAAACCCACAAUAGCACCUGUAUCAAAAUCAACUACAACUUCAAUCGCAACUGCCAAUGCAGAAGGUCAGAUUGACGUUGAACAUCAAAAUGUAGUUGAUAUGAACCUACCAUUAAAAAAGAAACCGGUGAUUCGUGGUCGUAAAGUUUCUCAAUUGGCAAAAUUAUUUGAAGAACGAUCAGAAGGUUUGGAAAUUUUGAACAGCAUGUAA